AUGGAUUGGGAAGCCACAUCUACCAGCCACGGAUCUAUACAGACCGUUAAGCGAAUUCUGCAGACCCUCAAGGCAAAGAGGAGUUACGCUCUCUUGAAGUCGCUGAUAGUCGCUGAUAGCCCCUUAAACGAAUUCUCAAAUAUGCUGGAAGAAUAUCAUUCCAUGCUCAAUACUGGUUCUAGUAUUGCUCUUGGUCUGGUUGUCGAUGGACCCCGAAUCACCUGGGCUGCACUCGUACUGGCUGCAGGCCCCGCAUAUGAUGGUUCAGCCAAGCUGGUGAUAGGCGAUUCACACGUGGAUCUUCCGGAAAUUGACUAUCAAUUAAUAAGAUCUGGCCGACCAUGGCGAUUCCUUUCUCCAUGGCCAGGAAGUGAUGAUUGUCAAAAGGAAUUGGGGGCGAUUGAGAAGACGCGAGAGGAGCUCUCUAAUAUCGAGCAGAAAUUAAGAAGAGUUUUGGACGCGACAUCCGCACUAGAUCGGAAGCUGGGCCGUCGCCAUAGCAUUGUUGCCCGACUUCUCGAGGAUCAAGCACGCGAUGGGCAGAGGGCAGGACCAGGCUGUGUCUACAUGAGCACAGGAGGUAUGGACCAGGGUAGUACCCUGGAGGCCCUGGUUCAGGAGACAACUGGGGAUUCAGCUUCUGCCCAAGACAAUGGAGCCCCGUUGCUCGUAGCUCGAACGAUGCACGGGGUUGAGCAAGCCGCUCAGCUGAAGCCGAUUGCUGAUGGCCCGCAGGAAGCACCAAAUCUGACUUCUGCUGAGAGCGAGGGAUUCAGCGGGAUUGAACCGGUAGGCCGAGAGGCUGACCUUCAAAAGCCUGCCUCACAUACCGGGCCCUUUGUUCAAUGCCUUAGCGAGAUGGUCAUUCUUUCUCAAUUCUCGCGGAGAAUGAUCUACCUGCCGAGUUGCUUGACAGAUUUGGGACGGAAUGCCUUCAGUCUUUGGUCCGACGAUUAUAUUACUAUGGAUUCCAUAAAGUUGGUGGGACCUGGAGACACGAUCAAUUCGCUCGAGGUGUAUCGAGUUCUAUCUGCCCAGCUCGGCGCAGCAGCAAUUCCCCCUUGGCUGACAUCAGGCACGGACUCGGACCUCGGUACAAGAUCAUCCAGAAACGUAGAGACCGUAAAAGACAUUGACAGCUCGGUAUUGGUGUUCCUCGAAGAGCUCACACUGCCUGCUGAACUGGGUAGUUUUGAGCUAGUACUUUCAACAUAA